AGCUCGACGCUGCAGCUCCAAUUAAUUUUCUACAGCAUAGCACAAUGGCUCCCACACGACUCUGCCGACCCUCCACCCUGCGCAGUGCGGCCAAUGCCUCCAAGCGCUUCUACUCCUCGCCCGCUCAGCCCUCACAAUCGCCAUUCGCGCCUCGACACUUCCUCUCUAUCAGCGAUGUGACACCGCAGGAAUUGACGACGCUCGUUCGAAAUGCCGCCAAAUACAAGGCAGCAGUCAAGUCGGGGAGCAUUCCUGCUCACCUUCAGAACAAGCUGGUUGCCCAAACGGUAGCCCUCAUGUUCACCAAGCGAUCCACCCGAACCCGUGUUUCGACCGAAUCUGCUGUACAAAUGCUCGGCGGACAUCCCAUGUUCCUCGGAUCGAAUGACAUUCAGCUGGGUGUGAAUGAGUCACUCUACGAUACGUCUCUCGUCAUCAGCAGCAUGGUCUCUGCUAUUGUAGCACGAGUCAACGCCCACGCCGAUGUAGCAGACCUCGCAAAGCACAGCAGCAAGCCUGUCAUCAAUGCUCUGUCAGAUCUCUACCACCCUCUUCAGACCAUCGCCGAUUUCCAGACCCUUGUAGAGGCAUUUGGUAGCAAGAGCAAGAGCUGGAAUCAGGAGAGCCUAGGCUUGGAAGGCAUGAAGCUCGCAUGGAUUGGUGACGCGAACAACGUGCUGUUCGAUCUUGCCAUUGGUGCCGCCAAGCUGGGCGUAGAGGUCAGCGUGGCCACACCAAAAGGAUAUGAGAUCCCAGCCUUCAUGCGGGACAUCAUCAAGAGCACCAACCCCAACUUCAAGCUCACGGAAACCAAUGUUCCCGAGGAAGCCGUCAAGAAUGCUGAUGUGCUGGUCACAGAUACUUGGGUCAGCAUGGGUCAGGAAGCUGAGACGAAGAAGAGGCUUGCCGAUUUUGCUGGCUUCCAGAUUACAAAAGACCUUGCCGUACGUGGUGGGGCCAAGCAAGAUUGGCGAUUUAUGCACUGCCUUCCUCGACAUCAGGAAGAAGUCGCGGACGAGGUCUUCUACUCGCCCGCUUCACUCGUCUUUCAGGAGGCCGAAAACAGGCUUUGGGCCGCAACUUCUGCGCUGGAGGCUUUUGUUGUGCAUAAAGGAAACAUCAAGUCCUCACCUUGAAGGCGAUAAUCCCAUCUCACACGGUCAAAUACCGUGGAAUACCAGUGCACUGUUUGAACUUGUGCGCCCAACUGGUGUGGUCUUGACGUUUUGGCAUGCUGGCUGGAGCCUCAAGCAUUGGCAGCGAUCUGUCAAUGCGGAAGCUGAUCCAGAUGGCCAAAGGUCGCGUCGCUUCGCGAAGCAUCGAUGAGAAAGUUCUUGGACGGCUCCUCACCUGGGGCAUUUUUGAACGUGACCGGUCUCGUGGAGGUCGUCACAGGGCGAAUUGCCAUGAUCACCAGAAUCGUUACCGUCACGCGUAGAAUUUGUAGCGUAUUAGCGUGUGUAAAAGUUCAAUGUCCCUAUACACUUCGACACAA